GGCCGCACCCGCCGCUGCACCUCUCGCGGCCGAAGCCUCUGCUUCCACGGAGGAGGGCGGGUGCCCUCCGCCUGGGGCAGCUGUGAGGUCGGGGUGCCUGGGGGGUGAAACAGCAUAAACUCUUGCGGGCGGCGCAAACGGGAAGGUUGGGGGGCGGGGGGAGCCCCGCGGCGUGAACUGCUCUCUCGCGCUGUGGGACUCCCACCCAGGGUCCUCGGGCCCAGCAGCGACAAGGCCAAGGCUCCGAGGGGGUGGGCCCCCAAGACCGAGCUGCUAGGAGGAGCGGCAGCCACGGGGAGCCUCCUUGCUGACAUGGUGGUGCUGGCAUCCUUUCCUCGGAAAGAGAAACCAGGAUGUUAAGCUGCUUUCCGAUGAGUUGGUCACCGAGACUGUCUACUGCAGCCCUUUCUGAACCUCUCUCUGUCUGGAAGCCCCGCUGUGAUCCUUGCCAAGCAGAUGAAGUGCGUCUUGGUGGCCACGGAGAGUGCGGAGGUCCUCUUCUACUGGACAGACAAGGAGUUUGAAGAGAGUCUGCGACUAAAGUUUAGCCCAACAGAGAAUGUGGGAGAAAAGCUCCCCGCCCUGGAGGACCAGCUCAGCACCCUCCUAGCCCCGGUCAUCAUCUCCUCCAUGACCAUGCUGGAGAAGCUCUCGGACACAUACACGAGCUUCUCAACAGAAAACGAUAACUACCUGUAUGCCCUUCACCUGUUCGGAGAAUGCCUGUUCAUCGCCAUCAAUGGGGACCACACAGAGAGUGAGGGGGACCUGCGCCAGAAGCUGUGUGUACUCAAGCACCUGUUCGAGGUGCACUUCGGGCUGGUUACGGUAGACAACCAUCUCAUCCGAAAAGAGCUGCGGCCCCCAGACCUGGAGCAGCGCGUGCAGGUGUGGGAGCACUUCCAGAGCCUGCUGUGGACCUACGGCCACCUGCAGGAGCAGGAACAGUGUUUCGCUGUGGAGGCUGUGGAGCGGCUUCAUCACCCCCAGCUCUGUGAGCUAUGCAUCGAGGCACUGGAGCGGCACGUCGUGUCGGUCAUCAACUCCAGCCCCAGGCGGGCUGGCGAGGAGGUCCUGCACGCCUUCUUGCUUGUGCACUCCAAGCUGUUGGCCUUCUACUCCAGCCACAGCGCCAGUGCCCUGCGCCCAGCUGACCUCCUCACCCUCGUGCUCCUGGUUCAGGACCUCUACCCCAGCCAGAGCGUGCCAGAGGACGAGGACACACAGGCUUCCCCGCGGAGGCCCCAGAGCAGCCAGAACAUCCCCGUGCAGCAGGCCUGGAACACCUGUUCCAGGGGCCCGACCAGGAGGAGCUCUGCAGGGAACGUAUGUGCAGGAGCCAAGGGCAGAGGGAGGGCCUGCUGGGACAAUAGCGCCGAGCCCUCUUCAUCCUCCCAGGAGACAGACAGUGUCUCCCUCCCUGAGGAGUACUUCACGCCUGCUGCUUCCCCAGGGGAAUGUUCAGGUAACAUCAUCUGGCUAGAAGAGGGCACCCCACCCAGUGAUGCUCCCCAGGUCCAAGUAGCCGAGGACUCCCUCGAGACGCUGAUGCCUUGCUCCCCAGCACCUUCCAGCCCCCGACGCAUCUUCCUGGAUGCCAUUGUGAAGGAGACCUACUGUCCUAUGGUACCCCAUACCAUGUACUGCCUGCCCUUGUGGCCUGGCAUCAACAUGGUGCUCCUGACCAAGUGCCCCAGCACACCCCUGGCCCUGAUGCUGUACCAGCUGCUGGAUGGGUUUUCCCUCCUGGAGAAGAAGCUCAAGGAGGGGCAGGAGGCUGGGAGCUCCCUGCGGUCCCACCCACUCAUGGGGGACCUGCGCCAGAGGAUGGACAAGUUUGUCAAGAAUCGAAACGGGCAAGAGAUUCAGAGCACCUGGCUGGAGUUCAAGACCAAGGCCUUCUCCAAAAGUGAACCAGGAUCUUCCUGGGAGCUGCUCCAGGCGUGCAGGAAGGUGAAGCGGCAGCUCUGCACCGUCUACCGCCUCAGCUUCCUGGUCACGGCUCCAGGCCAGGGAGGCCCCCAGCUGCCGCAGCCCUUGCAGGACCAGGUCCAGAUGCUCAUGCAAGAGAAGCUGAUGGACUGGAAGGACUUUCUGUUGGUGAAGAGUAGGAGGAACAUCACCAUGGUGUCCUACCUUGAAGACUUCCCAGGCUUGGUACACUUCAUCUUCGUGGACCGCACGACCGGCCAGAUGGUGGCCCCUUCCCUCAGCAGCAGUGAAAGGACCUCCUCGGAGCUGGGCAAGGGGCCUCUGGCCACCUUCGUCAAAAACAAGGUCUGGUCUCUGAUCUGGCUGGCGCGCAGGUACCUGCAGAAGGGCUACACCUCACUGCUCUUCCGCGACGGGGACUUCUACUGCUCCUACUUCCUGUGGUUUGAGAACGAGCUGGGGCAUAAACUCCAGAUAAUCGAGGUUCCUGUCCUUUCUGAUGACUCGGUUCCCGUUGGCAUCCUGGGCAGGGACUACUACAGGAAGCUCCUGCGCUAUUACAGCAAGGGCCACCCAGCCGAGGCCGUGAAGUGCCAUGAGCUGCUGGCCCUCCACCUAUCUGUUGUCCCCACAGACGUGCUAGUGCAGCAGGUCGGGGAGCUGGCCCAGCGCCUAUGGGAGGCCUCCCGCGUGCCUUUGAUCUAGGAUGGGACCCUACACCCACUGCACAGAUUGUCUGUGCCCCUGGUUCUUCAGAACCACCCUGCCUGAGUAUCCCCACAGCAAGAGUCUCCUCCCAUCCAUGGUGGCCACAUGAUGUCGGGACAGGUCUCCAGCUCCACCUACCAGCCUCCGCGCUGGCAAUGAGCCAACCCCAGUUCUUCCCUCUGGAGGAGAGCGAGGUCAGGACUUCCCUUGAUCUCCUGUUAACACAGUGUACUGUCAGGUCAGCCCCUUUCAGAGCUGCCUCUCUGUCGUCCCCAGGACACAGGGAGGAAUUCCCUGGGGUCUGCCUGCUGUUCUCAAAGUGGAACAAGAGCUCCCGCAAACCUUUUCCCUCCCCAAAUAAAAUGUGCUGGCGCCUAGAUUUGGAUUCCACUGAGCAGGUUUUCUAAACUGCAAACCCAUUUCCUGUCAUUAAGAACAACAGCACCUACCUGGCAAGGUGGAUGUGAGGGCUGCGGACACGUGGCGAGGGCUUACUGAAUGCUGGCUGUGCUUAUUGUCUCUCCCUGGCUUAUUGUC